CAGAGAGGGAUUGAAGGUUUCAUUGGAAUUACAAUCUAUAUAUUUUUUUUGCAUCUGUUUGUUUGGAGAGGAGAAAAAUUACACUUGGAAUGAAACGUUAACAAGUCAUCUCAAUUAUUCCAUGUUUUAAACCUGUUUGCAUCAGUUCGAUAAAAUGGGCCAAAAUCAAACAGCUGCUUCAAAAACUGGAAAAGCUACUGAAGACAGCAGUUACGGUCUCCAGUAUUAUAGAAAGAGAAUAAUGAAUGAAGAUUCUGAAAGUAAAGACACAAAGGUUUCCCAUGCCAAGAUGAUCACUAAGGAGACGGUGGGAUUUCUCGAACUGUUCCAGUAUGCAGAUAAAUGGGAUAUCAUCCUCAUGGUAAUAGGGAUUGUGUGUGCCAUUGGAACUGGAGCAGCGGCACCCCUCAACACUGUUAUAUUUGGACAAGUGGCAGGAAGCCUUUCUACCAGUGAAAACAGCAUAAAUGCUUCAAGCAACAAUUCUGGUUGUGGAUCAAGCACUGAUUUAAAAGCACAAGUCGCCAGCUUUUCCUAUAAAUAUCUUGUACUCGGCUCUAUUGCAUUGGUCUUGAGUGUUAUUCAAAUCUGGACAUUUAAUGUCUCUGGAACAAGACAGAUUAUGAGGAUUCGGCAAAAGUUUUUCAAGGCUAUCCUUCAUCAGGAUAUGUCUUGGUUUGAUUCAUAUCAGAUCGGAACUCUGAAUAGUAGACUAACGGAAGACAUGAAUACCAUAUAUGAUGGACUGUCCAUUAAUGUGUGCAUAUUUGGACAAUUUCUCACCACCGUUGUCACUGGCAUCACUAUAGGAUUUGUCAAGGGCUGGAAACUAACACUAGUGAUCUUGGCAGCUGGUCUACUGCUCUUCAUAUUAGUAUCGUUAUGGACCAAGAUUGCUGCUUCAUUUACAUCUAAAGAGUUAAAAGCUUAUGCGAAGGCGGAUGCAGUUGCAGAAGAAAUCCUGACAUCCAUACGAACAGUUGCUUCAUUUAAUGGACAAGAGAAAGCGAUGGAUAAGUACAAUGCCAAUUUAAUUGUUGCAAAAAAUGAUGGAGUAAAGAAGUCUAUUAUUUUAAACCUGUCAAUUGGAGUAUCAGAGAUUUCAAUAUUUGGAAUAUAUGCCUUAAUAUUUUCUUAUGCAAACUAUUUGAUUAUACAAGAGCCUGAAAAUUACAAUACUGGUAAUGUGAUAACUAUCAUGUUUGCAGUGCUUCUUGGUACAGUCACAAUGGGACGGGUGUUACCAAACAUAGAACGUAUUAGCAACGCAAGAGGAGCAGCUUUUGAGAUAUACACAAUCAUAAACAAGGCUCGCCACAUUGAUAGUGGAUCUACCGAAGGAUACAAGCCAGACAAGUUGAUGGGAAAUGUUGAAUUUAAAAAUAUUCAUUUUGCUUAUCCUAGCCGCCCAGACGUACAGGUUCUGAAGGGUGUAAACCUGAAAGUACCGGCUGGCAAGACUACAGCUUUGGUUGGGAUGAGUGGCUGUGGGAAGAGCACAACCAUCCAGUUGCUACAGAGGUUUUAUGACCCCACAGAAGGGGAGAUAACUUUGGAUGGACAUGAUAUACGCUCCCUCAAUGUCAAGUGGCUGAGAGAUAAUAUUGGUCUGGUAGCUCAGGAACCUGUCCUGUUCGCAACAACCAUUAGUGAAAAUAUUCGCUUUGGUAGAGAUGAAGUAACUGAUGAAGAGAUUGAGCAAGCAGCCAGAGAAGCCAAUGCCUACGACUUCAUAUCUAAACUCCCAGAUAAAUUCAACACAAUGGUAGGUGAGAGAGGGGCCCAGCUGAGCGGAGGUCAGAAACAGAGAAUAGCAAUAGCACGAGCUCUUGUACGACACCCAAAAAUAUUGCUCCUAGAUGAGGCCACAUCAGCACUGGAUGGACAGAGUGAAGCUAUACUGCAAGCUGCCCUGGAUAAGGCGAGAGCUGGUCGGACCACCAUUGUAAUAGCACAACGAUUGUCUACUAUCAGGACAGCUGAUUCCAUUGCUGUUUUCCACGGUGGGGUUGUGGUAGAACAAGGAACACACAGUGAGCUAAUAAAAAAGGAGGGAGUCUACCAUUCCCUUGUCAUGCUUCAGAACCAAGGCAAAGACAGAGAUGCAGAAAAUCAAUCUACAGACAAAUCACUUGAAGAAAAAAAUUCUGGAUUGUGCGACAUGGGUGAAAAAAAUUAUAUAGAAGACACGUGGCCAACUUUGCAAGAUGUUGCGAACAUGCUGGCACCCAUUAAAAAAAAGAUAUUUCAAAAUGUUUAUGUUAGAAGAAAAAGUGAAGAGGAGCUUUCAGAAAUAAAAAGUUGUAAGAAAAAUACUGGAAUUACAGAUGAGGAGUGUGAAAGGCUUUCUGUUGCACCUCUUAUAAGAAUUCUAAGAAUAAACAAAUCUCAAUGGAUAUACAUUUUGAUUGGAAUGAUAGCUGCUGUAGGUAACGGGUGCAUGCAUGCUGCAUAUGCAACUACUAUUCCAAGACUUAUUCAUACAUUUAAUGAACAAGACCCAAUCAAAAGGACUCUGGAAGCUAAAUGGGUAAUACAAUUAUUUAUGAUCCAGGGAUUGACCAUUUUUACAGGACAUGUCAUCAUGGGCGUGAUGUUUGGAAAGUCUGGGGAAAAUCUGAUAAUGAGGCUCAAAUCUUUGUCAUUUAAAGCAUUGCUCCGACAGGAAAUGGCCUAUUUUGAUAACCAUGAAAAUGCUGUGGGUGCCCUUCUCACAAGACAUUCAAUGGAUACUUCUGAGAUUAAAGAAAUUACUGGAAGUCAACUGGGAUUACUAACAAUGACUCUGGCAACUUUGCUUGCUACAGUCAUAAUUUGUUUUGUAUUUGGCUGGCAACUGAUGCUUCUCAUCUUGGCAUUUAUUCCUUUUGUCGCUGGAAUCAUGAUAAUUGAACAGAGGUCUAUAGCAAGUCAUGCAUCCAAAUCACACAAGGCCCUGAAGGAAGCUGGAAGGAUAUCGACAGAAGUUGUUGAAAAUAUCAGAACAGUGGUGUCAUUGACUAGAGAGGAUGUCUUUUAUCAAAAAUAUAAUGCUAUCUUAUCAGAACCACACAGGGAUGCAUUCUGGAAAGCACCUAUUCAUGGAUUGGGAUAUGGGAUAGAAGAAGUUUUACCCUACUUUCUAUGUGCAGCGUUGUUUAGCUUUGGGGCAUGGCUCAUUGCACUUUGCUAUAUACAGACUCAAAAUGUUUUUAGGACAUUUUUUGUCAUUAUGUUUGCUGUUCGUAAAGUAACAAGGCAAGAUUCCUUAACAUUAAAUUUUGGAAAAGCAAAAUUAUCAGCUGAACGCAUUUUUCAGCUGUUGGAUAGAACACCAGCUAUUGACAUAUUCAGUGAACAAGGAGAAACUUUGAAACAAAUGGAGGGAAAUCUGGAGUUUAAAAACAUCCAAUUUGUUUAUCCAGCAAGAGACAAUGUUCAGGUUCUUCAUGGAUUUAACUUAAAAGUUUCUAAAGGUCAGACUCUCGCACUGGUUGGAAGCAGCGGCUGUGGAAAAAGUACAGUGGUUCAGCUUUUGGAGCGUUUUUAUGACCCUGCAGAAGGACAAGUGCUUGCUGAUGGGAUCGACAUCACGUCUUUACAUCUGAAGUGGCUCAGGUCGCAGAUCGGCAUUGUGUCACAGGAACCAAUCCUUUUUGACUGUAGCAUCGAAGAGAACAUUCAAUAUGGAGACAACAGUAGACUUGUUCCACAGGAAGAAGUCAUAGAGGCAGCGAAAGCAGCCAAUAUCCACACAUUCAUUAUGAACUUGCCAGAAGGAUAUAACACUCGUGUUGGAGAUAAGGGAGCUCAGCUUUCAGGUGGACAAAAGCAAAGGAUCGCAAUUGCACGCGCUCUUGUACGGAAGCCAAAAGUGUUACUCCUGGAUGAAGCUACUUCUGCACUUGAUUAUGAAAAUGAAAAGAUUGUGCAGCAAGCUCUGGACAGUGCCAGGCAAGGACGGACAUGCAUAGUGAUUGCUCAUCGAUUAAGCACCAUACAGAACGCUGACAUUAUCGCAGUGAUUAAGAACGGGAAAGUGGUGGAAUACGGCACUCAUAACCAGCUAUUGGCUAACCAAGCUGAUUACUAUGCUCUUGUGAACACACAAGACUCAAACUAGGCCUCAUACACAUGCAAAGUCUUACAGUACUCCAGUACAGAACUUCUAAGUACUUCAUGUGGCUCUGUGAGGUUGUGUAUUCAGCAAUCACUGUAGGGGAGAAUAAA